CUCUUUUCUGACAAUUGUAUGAUAGAUAUUUUUGCAUGUUAUAUUUCAUAUUUUAAGUAAUAUUCAAAUGAAUCAAAAGUCAUUGAUAUCUACAUUUUUAAUAAUGGUAAAUAAAUGGAGAUUGGAUGACCUGGCGUUGAAGUUCAUUCAUGAGCCAAAGCAUCAACAAGUGUCCCGCUCUUGGUAACAGUAGUAUACAACCGGUACUAGAUUAAUAUUUUGCGCCAAGAAUUAGUGGUUAGGAGUGUUUGUUUAUUUAUUUCAUUUUAAUUUAUUUGAAUUGAUAUUUAUCUGAAAUAUCUAAUGUAUAUUAUUAAAUAAACUGCUGAAGCACUAUUAAGAACAUUAUUUUAUUUACAUUUCUAAGUACUGAAGCUUCUUAUCGGUCAUACAAAAUGAGGAUUACACCAGGUUUACGGGGUGGAGAGUUUGGUCUUGAGUCUGUCACAUCUCCUGAUCAUUAUAUACAGCUGAAUGUCAUAGGAAAUGGUGCUUAUGGAACAGUUUACAAAGCUUGUCACAGAACAAAUGAAAACACGUUUGUUGCUCUUAAGAAGAUUAAAGUGCCUUUAACUGAGGAAGGUAUUCCGAUGUCUAUGUUGAGAGAAAUAUCUACAUUGAAGCUACUUGAUCAAUAUGCACAUCCUAAUAUAAUUCGAUUAUUAGAUGUGUGUCAUGGAAGAAGAUUAGAAAAAGAACAGCAACUUGUCUUGUUCUUGGUUUUCGAACAUGUAGAUCAAGAUUUAUCUGAGUACAUGCAAAAUUGCCCUCCUCCUGGAUUACCUUCUGAUACUGUGAAGAAUCUGAUGCACCAGAUCCUUCAUGGAAUAGAUUUUCUUCAUAGUCAUCGAAUUCUUCAUCGUGAUUUAAAACCUCAGAAUUUAUUAAUUACAAAUGAUGGUAUUGUUAAGCUUGCUGAUUUUGGCUUAGCCAAAACUUAUGACUUUGAGAUGAGAUUAACAUCUGUGGUUGUUACACUGUGGUACAGAAGCCCUGAAGUGCUCCUUGGAUGUCCUUAUGCUACUCCUGUAGAUAUCUGGUCUCUUGGUUGUAUCAUGGGUGAAAUGUACAAGAAUUCUCCUCUUUUUGCUGGCUCUUCUGAAGGGGAUCAGCUUGAUCGAAUUUUUAGGACAAUUGGGACUCCAUUGGAGUGUGAAUGGCCAGAAGAGGUCUCAGUUUCUCUCAACAGUUUUGCUCGCCACUUGCCACGAGACAUCAGAACUAUCAUUCCUGAAAUUUGCCCUGAGGGCAAAGACUUAUUGGAGCAAAUGCUUGAGUUCGAUCCUCGAAAACGCAUUGGUGCUUAUGAAGCCCUACAGCAUCCUUAUUUCAGUGACAGCACCUAUUCUAUUUCUCAAGAAAGUAAUACAAACUCUCCGAAUGGGCGUGCAAAGUUAUUACUAAAAAAGAAAAGGUAUCAAGAACAGUUAUUGUUACAAACUGAUGGUCAACUGGAAAAUUUGGAAAAAAUGAUUCAAGAUCUUGAGUAUUCUAAAGUUGAAAUGAGAAUAUUGGAAGGCCUUAAAGUAGGGAAUGAAGCUUUAAAGAAAAUGAAUGAGGCUAUGAAUAUUGAUGAAAUUGAAAGGAUAAUGGAAGAAACUGCUGAGGGUAUAGAAAAGCAGAGGGAAAUAAAUGAACUCCUUAAUGGUAAACUAUCUCAAGAAGACGAAGAGGCAGUUGAUCGAGAAUAUGAAGAAUUGAUGAGGCUUGAAAGAGAGCAUGAUGAAAAACAAAUUAUUUUACCAGAAGUGCCAUCUGAGGACCUUGAACCAGUAUUUACCACUUUAUCAAAAAGUGUAGAUAGUUUUGAUAAACCUCGGGUCCAAACUGAUUAUGGUGAAGUGGUUGGUACACGUGGUACUACUCUGAAAGGAAGGGGAUACAACGCCUUCUAUGCCAUUCCUUACGCAGACAAGCCGUUCAGGUUCGAGGAAGCGCGAGAACCGAAACCUUGGACUAAACCUUUGGACGGCAGUAUACCUCCACCAGACUGCAAGCAGUUCAGAAAAGGCAUGCCCAGUGGAAGCGAAGAUUGCCUCUACCUAAAUAUCUUCUCACCAACUAACUUGAAGAACAGCAGCGAACCCCUUCCGGUGACGAUAUUUGUCCAUGGCGGGGCAUUCUACUUCUAUUCCUCCACCACGUUUGGUCCUCGGUAUCUCCUUGAUAAGGAUAUCAUCUUGGUUACUAUAAACUAUCGCAUCGGUAUAUUCGGCUUCCUGUGCACGGAGGAUGAAGUGGUACCAGGUAACAACGGAAUGAAAGACCAGGUGAUGGCAUUCGGUUGGGUUCAAAGGAACAUCGCCCAUUUUGGAGGAGACCCGACUUCAGUCACUUUAUUGGGAUUUUCAGCGGGGGCUAAUGACGUUAAAAGUGAAUUGUUGAAAGGUUUGUUUCAUAGAGGCUACCUCGUUGGCGGUACCGCCUUCAACAACUGGGCAGUUCAGAAAAACAGCCUUCAGAAAGCAAUGACAUAUGCUGAGUCCGUCGGAUGUCCAACUUCAUCCGUUCCUAAGAUGGUGAGGUGUCUGAAAAAGGCACCAGCUGAUAAACUAGCGUCUGCCACUUUUCUGUUUCUUAAGUUCCUUAACACCCCUUUAUGCCCGUGGGGUCCGGUGGUUGACGGGGGAUGGUCAAGAAAUCCGUUCUUGUUGGAGUACCCGAUCCAGUCGAUUCUCGCCAACAGGCAUUACAACGUGCCCUUAGUAGUGAGCGAAGCAAUGUUUUCAGGUCUUUUUCCUGUGGCAGAGUUCAUCGAGCGCAACGACAUCAUACACCAACUGGACGACAACUGGGAAGAAUUGGGUUCGUACUUCCUUGACACGGUAGAUACAGUCCCUUCCGAACUUCAAACCCGGACCUUAGAACAGAUCCGAUUCUUUUAUUUUAGAGGAAAAUCCUUAAUACAAAACCGGUCGGCGAUCAUUAAGGUUGCGACAGACAGACUUUACCAGGCAGACAUCGGAAGGUCCUUAUCAGUUCAUGCCACAGUCAACCCCAGGAUAUAUUUCUACAUGUUUAACUAUCGCGGUGCCAAAAGCAGUUCUGACUCAUUAUCUGGCACCGAAAACAAUUACGGCGUAUCUCAUAUUGAUGAUACUUACUACCUUUUGAAUCAGUCUAUUGGAGGACCAAUAGAAAAUGACAAAGUUGGGCUUAAGAUGAUCGAUGCUAUGACAGAAAUGUACUAUCGUUUUGCGAAAACAGGGAGACCUGUGUUCUUGAAGGACGUGGGCUGGCCUCCCGUUAGAGGUGAGAUGCCUUCCAUUCGCUUCCUGAGGAUAGACUCGCCGGACAGCGCGGUGUUGACCACAUCCAGGAACCUCGGCAACUACAAGUUCUGGUCAGGUCUUCCGAUAAAUGAACCUUGGGCUGGCAGAGUACUCACAUUACCUUAGCUUACAUUAAAAUAUAUUGUAUUAUAAUUGAUUAGGAAUGAUACUUAACAAAGAGAAAUGUAUUCAUAUUUUCAAAUAUUAAAAUAUUGAAGAUAUUUUAUAAAUUGUAUUACUCGAGUUCACUGGAUCUCACAGUAUCAUCAUCAAUAUAUAUAGAAUACGGUGGCAUUAAACCCAUUCCUGACUCUUAGGAGCGAUGGAUUUUGUUGAAUGUGAUUCCCAUAAAAGGAGAGUGAAUUUCAAGAAGUGAUUAAUCCUAAUUUCGAUCCAUAAUUUCCUACAACUUUUAUAAAAUUUGGACGUACGGGAUUGAGUUAUGGAACUCUACUAAACCAUCAGAUUCCUCUCGUAUCCAAUCCUUACAGUCCAAAAUCCUCAAUCCUUUGUCAUGAAUAAAAUCAUCCAUAACGACCUUAAUGUACUAUAUGUUUCCGAUUUUGCUCAAUCCAGAUACCUCCAUAAUAAACUUCUGAACCCUCCGAACCCUCUAGUUUCUAACCUUACUUCCUCUUCUAUUCCUGAUAACCCCCGAGGAUGGUCUCGGUACCUUCUGAUGAGAAGUGAAAAACGACAUUCGAUAAAAUAAAAGAAUGACAAACCGACGAAUUAUAUUAUAAUGAUGAAUUUUAGGAAAUCUUAUGAAGCGGUGCAUGUUUGCAGGAUCUUGAAAAUGUCUCCUGAAGCCGAAAUGUCAAAUAAAUAAUACAUGAUGUGAAAACUGUGUACAUUUGGCCUAAUAUUUCAUAAAAAAACAAAUUAAAAUGUCGAGAUAAGUUCUUACUAUCUUCCCCUCUUCAAAAUCUUAUACCAUUUACACUUUUAUUUGCGGAAGGGCAAUUUCAUAUUAAAUAUCAAAGAUUCUGGAUUUAGAUGCGCCUUGGCAAUGUCCGCAUUAUUUAUGAUUAUAGAUGGUAGUAAUUCAUCCAACCUUUGAAGUGAAAGUCUCUUGGACAAUUUACGCUCUUUAAAGCAACAUUGGCAUAUCUAUCAUGUACUUUAAUCAUUAUUCGAAAUAGGGAUGAACAACCGCUCAAAAAAAGGGGCGUCAAACUCCCUCAAAUUUGAUUGUUCUUCUCUUUUUAAAAACUUUAAAAGUGAAAGUUGAACGAUAAAAUCGUUGUUUAUUUACAUUUUUUCCCUUUACC